GGAAUUCAGUUUGUUAGCAAUAUAAGCACCUUAAAUCAUAAUUAGUGCUUUUGAAAGUUGAGAAACAGAUAUAUUAUGAAAAAUAUCAGUAGUAGUAGUCAUCAUAGGCUAAGAGCUGGCAAAGCAUUAGAGACACAAGUGAGUUUUCUCUUUGCAAUUAUUCUAUGUCUGUAAUGAAUUUUGGUUUUGACUUAUCUUAUGAAAUUUAAUCAUAGUUUUAGCUUUUUCUAAUCUCAUUAGCACUACUUAGUGCUUAUGGAUAAAUCAUUUCAAGUCAUCUUCGUACAAUUAAUAAAAUCAAUAGCCCAUUCACUUGUACUGUACUAGAGACCAAAACUUAAUACAUACAACCAAAAAUCAAUUUCCUUUUUUAUUUUAUUUUCCAACACGCUUUGAAUUCUGUUCUACCACAUUUGUAUAGUCAAUUCUUUAUUUCAACAAAAAAGCUGUCAUUAACUAUUUGCUAAAAUAGGUUUCAAAAUUUUGGAAGGUGUAGAUUCGUUUUUUUGGACCAGACUAAUAAAUGCAUGUUUUCUUUUUGAAGUAAUGUACCGUCUUCUUCUGAUAAAAAAGUGAAGAGCCUAAAACAUUCUCUUCUGAACCUUCAUUAUAAAAAUAUAUACGAAACCUCUCAAGUUUUCAGGAGAUUCACUUUGGUUCCGGAUCCGAAUUACGGCGACGGAUCUUAUCGUGACGGCGCCGGAAUAUACGGAUACGAAAUCAGCUAGUCACUUGUGGUGGUUGUGAAGUUACGAACUAAUCGGAAUUCUGUUAAAAAUGGGUUGCGUUAGCUCGAAGCAGACGGUCUCUGUGACGCCUGCGAUCGAUCACUCAGGCGUCUUCAAGGAUAAUGAAAAUGAGUGUUCUGGAUCGGGUCGGAUUGUGGUGGAGGAUCCGCCUCGGCCGACGUUGAAGAAGCUCGUGUCGUGGAGGAGUAGGAGCGGGAAGAGGAGGAGUCAGAAGAGCGGUAGCGAGUUAGGGAGUGAGUCAGGACGUGCUAGUGACUCGCUUAGUUUUCGACUCGGUAAUGUUAGUAGAUACCUUGAAGCUGAGCAAGUCGCUGCUGGUUGGCCUGCGUGGUUGAGCAACGUUGCUGGUGAAGCUAUCCAUGGUUGGGUCCCACUUCGAUCCGAUGCGUUCGAAAAACUCGAAAAGAUUGGACAAGGUACUUAUAGCAAUGUGUUUCGUGCGGUGGAGACUGAAACUGGGAGGAUUGUGGCAUUGAAGAAGGUGAGGUUUGAUAAUUUUGAGCCGGAGAGUGUUAAGUUUAUGGCAAGAGAGAUUUUGAUACUUAGAAGACUUAAUCAUCCCAACAUUAUCAAACUGGAAGGUUUGAUUACUUCAAAACUAUCCUGCAACAUUCAACUUGUGUUCGAGUAUAUGGAGCAUGAUCUUACUGGUCUUCUUUCUUCCCCUGACAUCAAAUUUACGACGCCACAGAUUAAGUGUUACAUGAAGCAAUUGUUGUCUGGGCUUGAUCAUUGUCAUUCACGAGGCGUGAUGCAUCGAGACAUAAAGGGUUCGAAUCUUUUGUUGAGUAAUGAAGGGAUAUUAAAGGUGGCUGAUUUUGGGUUAGCAAACUUCAGUAAUAGUUCUGGACACAAGAAGAAACCUCUUACCAGUCGAGUUGUGACUCUGUGGUAUCGUCCACCAGAACUUUUGCUCGGGGCAACGGACUAUGGAGCAUCUGUUGAUUUGUGGAGUGUUGGUUGUGUUUUCGCUGAGCUGCUUCUUGGAAAACCUAUUCUCCGGGGAAGAACUGAGGUUGAACAGUUGCACAAGAUAUUCAAACUGUGUGGAUCUCCACCAGAAGAUUACUGGAAAAAGUCCAAACUUCCCCAUGCAAUGCUUUUCAAGCCACAGCAAACUUAUGAUAGUUGUCUCCGCGAAACCUUGAAAGAUUUGUCUGAGACUGAAAUCAAUCUGAUAGAAACUCUUCUUUCUAUAGAUCCCCACAAACGCGGUACUGCCUCUAGUGCCCUUGUUUCUCAGUAUUUUACUACAAAGCCUUUUGCUUGUGAUCCCUCAAGCUUGCCAAUAUACCCACCUAGCAAGGAGAUAGAUACAAAGCAUCGGGACGAAGCAGCAAGGAAAAAAAUUAGCGGGAAUGGGAGACGUGGUAUAGAUCCGAGGAAGCCAUCAAGGAAGGCCCAUUCAUUCAAUAGAUUGGCACCAGAUGUGCGGCACCAAACUGAAACAUUUCAGAAACGAAUUGGUCAUUUAGUUCAUAGUUCGAUUGAAAGUGAUGCCAGGUUAUGUGGGAAACUGCAAAACCCGUUAGAUCACAAGAAAGACGAAGCUUCCCAUGUGAAGCAUGCAUCACAAGGAGAUGUGCCUUUCUCAGGGCCGUUACAAGUCUCUAAAUCAAACAGUUUUGCUUGGGCGAAACGAGAAAAAGAUGACGUAUGUGUUAGGGUGCAUAAUCGAUCUCUCUCAAGAGGUUACAUUCCUAGCUUGUCAGGACAUUCCCCCGCAUUCAAUGGGAAAAGUGAUGUUGAAUCCAAGAUAAAUAAGGAUGAAAAGGAGGACAAGACAGAUUCUCGAGGCGAGGAGUCAUAUGAGAUGGUGAAGCGUUCUAUGCUAAAGCAGUGGAGACAACUUGAACGUCCAGAUUCUUUUGGUGCAUCUGACGAGUAUCACUCGCAGGAACUGUCAUUGGGACUCUAUCAGAGAGAUGAAAUGGCAAAAAAGAUGGGUAAUAAUUUGGGUGAUGGGGACAAGAUCGAAUUCUCGGGCCCUUUGUUGUCUCAAUCUUAUGGAGUUGAUGAACUGUUGGAACGCCAUGAACGCAACAUCCGCAAGCUAAUUCGAAAACCGUGGUUUCAAAAAGAUAAGAAACAGGGGAAGUGACUCUAAUCACAAACCAGCAAGGAGAAAAGAGCUCCAAGAAAAGGCCAUAAAGCAUUCUUUUGUUGUUAAUUUUGUAUUGAUUUAUUCUUAAGUUAUACUAUGGAGGUACACUUUUUGAGAGCCUAUUCACAUAUUUGAUUCAGAGGUAAUAAUGUAUAGAGCUCAGUUCCUAGAAUAUUUAUCUGUAGGCAUAUAUUUCGACAGCUUUAUGCUUUCUUUCGAGUCCAGUUGUAGAACACAGAGUUAUGUUAUAACUUAUAAGAUAUACAAUUGUAUAAUACGAAGUUAGGAC